UUUAGACCAGUUUUUCUUUGCUAUAUUAUUUGGAGGGCUGUUGCCAAUCUUUGAUUGUCUAUGAGAAGUUUAGGAAAAGGUUUGCUCAUCCAGAUUAAGGCUGGGCAACUGGCUGGCCCGAUCUCAUGAGGGCCUAAUUGGCCUGAUUUGGUAAUUGCUGGGCUCAUUUCCCCACCUGUUAAUAAUCAGGCUGGGCCAGGCCUGGGGUUUAUCAGUCGUUGGGCCAAACCCCCUGCCUGGUACCCAGCCCAGCCCAAUAACCCAUUCUUUUACAUGUUCAACAGUAUUAAUAAUCGGGCUACGCCAGUAAAAAUCAGACCAACUAAAAAAUACUUUCACUUACAAUUAGUAACCCAAGCCCCAUUUUAUGACCAUUCUCCAGUCAGACUUUUUCCAAUACUGUUGGAUAUAGGACUGAAGCUAGUGCCUGGAACAAAGUGUUGAAACUGUCGUGCAUUGAAAAUUCUUGAAAAGGGUCUAAAAAGUUUUAAACAAAGUGCCCUAAAACUGCCGUGUGUUGAAAAUUUUUACAAAGGGUGUAGAAGAAAACAUUUGAUGAACAUGUAUCUAGAUGGGUUGUGGGUCCAGAUCCGACCUGUCCAUUCCUUAAAGUGUUGGUGAUUUUCGUACACUUAAGUUGUUGUUUACCCUAAUUUAAUAGUUAAUGGUUUACCCUAAUUUAAUAGUUAAUGGAAAAAUUAUUGAGGGUGUGAACAGCUGCGAGUGAGGGUUGUUUGUCCUCCUCAAUCGUGGUUUUUUCCCUCUAUUUUUGAGGGGUUUUUCCACGUUAAAUCUGUGUGUUUUCUUCUCUAUCUAUUAUACAUGGUAUCAGGGUAAUUUUUUUUUUAUCUGUUGAUAGUGUUAUGUAUGUUUGGGUCUGGACCCUAUCCGACCCACAGUUCAUGUUGAGUUCUAUUUAAGUAACCUUUGUAACCCUAAUUGAUUGUGUUAAUGAAAAUUGAGAGAGAGUGAUCGGCAACUAGUGGGCACCAGAAUCAUCUCCAAUAUCGUGGUUUUUUCCUCGUGUCGAGGGUUUUCCAUGUUACAUUUGUGUUCUUUGCGUAUUUUACUGUUCAACAUGGUAUCAGUGCCGAUGAAUUUAUGAGUUUUCUGUUUUUGGACGAGAAUCAUGUCGUCUCCUUCCUCUGCCAUCGCCGUCGUUGUUCCCUGAGAUCACCUUCCCUGUUGUCGUUGUCCGGUGGUGUCUCUACUGACGCCAUUGUCGCCCAUCGUUGUCGCUUCUUCUUGCCACUACCUAUUUCAGUUGCCCGAUGCCACUCCUUUUUGCCAGUCGCCCGAUGCCACUCCGUUCCUGCCAAUCACCCGACACCACUCAAUUUUGCCAGUCGCCCGACGCCACUCCGUUCCUGCCAGUCGCCCGAUGCCACUCCUUCCUGCUGCCGCUCCCCUGGCGUGAAGUUCCGACAUUGUUGUAGUUCGUCGCCUCUUCUUGUAGUCUCUGUCGUUUGUCGUUGCUGCCUGCUGCUUCCCUCCUUGUGGUCGUUGUCUCCCUUAUAGUUGUUGGACUGUUUUUGUAAAGUGUGUACCGCCAGCCCUAAUCUCUUUUAAAGGAGAUUAGGGUUACGUUAAUGAAACAUUCUUUUGGCUCUUUCUCUCUCAUCGUAACAUGGUAUCAAAGCCCUCUCCUGCGCCGACAGCCAAGUGAGUUCCUCCAGCAAUCUCUUCCUUCCUCCCUCUUUUCAUCUCCCAUCUCUAUUCUUUCUUACCACCCAAUGAGGAGACGGUAAGAGAAUAGAGGUUGGGGGGGGGGGGUGCGCUGUGUGGAGAAGGACCUGAUCAUGCCUAUGUGGAAGGCAUGAUCAGAUCCUUGUUUAUCAAUCUCGUGGAUGGUACUGCUGCUGUGAUCAGAGUUUGUGUUGACCGUGGGGAGCAGAAUAUCCUAUAGAUUGUGGAUGUGAAGUAUGUCCUGUAGAUCGUGGAUAUGAAGUCUGAAAGUUGAAGUUUAAUGAGUUGUGGACUGCUGUUGAUCGUAAGUAUGAAAUCUAUUAUUUGAUUAUGUUGAGAUUCUUGCCGUAUGUUGUGGACAGCCAGUCUUAUGUGGUGUGGCUGUAUUUAAGAAUAGCAGCAGUCAUUUGUUGAUGGUGGAAGUAGUUGUCAUUGGCAGAUAUUAUUGAAGUUUAGUAUUUACUCUCUAUUGAAGAUUUCUUGCCUAUGUUGCAUUCAUCGGCUGCAACUACUAUUUGAGUGCCUGCCUGUGUUUCUUCCUGUUUUACUGCCUGAAUUUCAGUCCAUGUUGCUACUUGUGUCUGCUGGUAAUAUUCAGAGUUUAUGCUUGGGUUGCUGCCUGCUUUAUUGAAUUUCUGAUCUGAUAUUGGAGCUGUAAGAAUUUUCUAGGUUCUCCUGUGCUGUAGUGAUUUUGAUAUUCCUCUAAUAUUCGUAGUCAGUUGGGUCCACUUGAUUUAUUAUGGCUGAAAAUAGUAAAUCAGAAAAUUCUACUGAAUACAAGAUGGCUGGAAAUUCAUUCUCUCAUGGAACCACGAUCAAAUUGAAUGGUUCAAACUAUGAAAUAUGGUCGAGGGUGUUCAUGAUGUCUGUGGCUGGGCAUAGAAAAAAAUAUGUUCUUGAGGAAGAUGAACCUACUGAGAAAAAGGGAAUAUAUGCUGCGUGGGACGAAGUUAAUUAUAUUGUCAUGUCUUGGAUUAUGAAUAGUGUGGAGUCUCAUAUAGCCCCAACUAUUGCAUAUUAUACCAAGGCCAAAAAUAUGUGGUCUUUCUUGAGGAAGACAUAUUCGCAUGCCACUAAUGUAAUUAAAAUCCUACAAUUGGAAAAAGAGUUAUGCAACAUACGACAAUGGGAUCAGGAUCUAUCUUAGUAUUUUGCUACUUUAACUGCUGCAUAUGAACGGUUAAAGGCUCUUUGUCCACCUUGCCAACAUUGUUGUGCAUGACACUUUGAAACUGGUAUGGUAGCGAAGUUUCUAUCUGACUUAUCUCCAGAAUAUUCUGUGGCAAAGUCUCAAAUUCUCACAGGCAGUGAUCUUCCAGAUCUAGCAGACAAGUAUAAGAGGCUGAGUCGUCUUGCAGUCACUCUUUCUCAAAAUACGCAAGACACACCAGUCUCUGCACUUGUGAUAUCAGGAGGACGGGUCCUCAACAGGGGACGUGGCACAAGCCAUGGUGCAGGACGCGACAGAUUUCAGUGCUCUUAUUGUGGCAAAAUUGGUCAUCUAGAGGAUCGUUGUUGGGACAAGCAUCCUCACCUCAGUUCUAGCGUUUCCUCUAGAUGUGGUGGAGGUAGAAUCGCCACAGGCAAAGGUCCUUCUUCAUCCCAAGCAGCUCAUUCAAAGGCAAUAAUAUCUAUGGUUGAGUCUUCUACUGAUCCUUCUAUAUCCAUGUCAUAUUCCCUUAACUUAAGUAAGGAUGAAUAUGAUCGUGUUCUUGCUCAAAGGUCUGCCUCUACAUCUGCCAAUGCUACUGUUAAAGAUUCAGCAUUCUCUGUUGGUGCUCCUAUUGAUGAUGCAGGACUUACCAACUGGGAAGAUGAUUGGUGGCGGCCAUGAACGUGAGGGACUUUAUUUUCUGUCGAUCCCAGUUGAUGUUGCUGCAUCUUCAGUCCCUUCGAAGCCUUCUCAUUUCCAAUGGCAUCUCAAACUGGGUCAUCCGUCAGUACCAAAACUUCGUCGCACGUUUCCUGAUAUUCAUGCAUCAGAGUCUUUUUCUUUUCGGUCAUGUUUCUGAUACUAUCUUGUUUUAGUUGAUGAUUUUACUAGAGUCAGUUGGGUUUUCUUGUUAAGGGAAUGAUCUGACGUCAUAUGUAUUCUUCAAAAAUUUGUCAAAAAAAUAAAAACUCAGUUUGGUCUCAUUGUCAAAAAUAUUCGCACUGAUAAUGCUCUUGAAUUCAAAUCUUCCAUUCUACUUCAGUUUUAUGCCAAUCAUGGAAUUCACAUUCAAUAUACUUGUCCGCAUACGUCCCAACAAAAUAGUGUAGCCGAACGUAAAACAUCGGCAACUCCUAAAUGUGGCUCGCACCCUUAUGCUACAAGCUCACAUGCCUGCCUAUUUUUGGGGUGAUGCUAUUCUUACUGGUUACUGCAUGUUACCUCAUUAAUAGAUUACCCUCUUCCUCCAUCCAAGAACGCAUUCCCAUUCAAAUUCUAUAUCCAGGGCAUCCAUUAUUUCAUUUACCUCCCAAAGUAUUUGGAUGCACUUGCUUUGCACAUAUCCUAGGCCCAAACAAAAAUAAACUUGUUGCCCAAGCCAUCAAAUGUGUCUUUAUUGGCUACUCAGUCAAAUAAAAAAGGAUAUAAAUGCUUUGAUCCCCUGACUAAGAAAGACAUGAUAAGUGCGAAUGUUACCUUCUUUGAGUCUCGUCCUUAUUUUUUCCCGUCAAAUCCAUCUCCGACUGAGAUGCAUGUACCUGUACCUCUUCCUAUUCCACCAGUGUCAUUUGAUUCAUUUCCACCAUCUCAACCUAGGUCACAUGAACAUUUCCUUGAUCCUUUGUUGGU